AUGGGUUCUAUUCAAGACAAGAAGCGAGAGGUGGCGACGCUGAACAGUCUUGCUGAUAAAAUCAAAGAUCUUGCAGAUCAGAUGAAGCAACUCGAGGCAGAAAAUAUCAAACCUGUCACGCUCGAAGCCGACUCACCUAUCAAAUACGAGAAAUGUCCACCCGACUUCUUUUACACUCGACAACUCCUCGAAGACACAAUGAAGGAUCUUUGGAUUCUCAGUCAAGGUCCUCUUGAUUCCGUCUUCAAUUAUGUUCACAUGGCAAUCCCCGAUGCGUCGUGUCUAAACGUCUUGAACCACUUCGAUUUUUGGAAUGCAGUGCCGAUAGACGGCGAAGCUACAUUCGAAGAUAUUGCCAAGCAUACCCAGUUACCCUUAGAUGUUGUCUCAAGGAUCAUCGAUCACGCUGUUACUAUGCGAUUUUUUAUCAAGCCAUCUCCUACAGCUACGAGAGUAAGACACACCUCGCGCAGCGCCGCAUUUGUACGAGAUUCCAGGCUUAUGGCGCUUGUACAAAUUGUCCUUAAUGAGACGGGUCCACCAAUGUUUAUCUUACCCGAAGCUUUGAGAAGAUAUUCCCAAGGCAAGACCGAGAGUACAAAGGAUAUUAAUGAAACGGCAUUCAGGUUGUGCCACUCUGGUGGUAUUUGGGGAGACUUCAAAAACUCUUGGGAUUUCAUCGAAAACGAUGGAUUGACUGAGGGUGAUAUUGGGUACCAGAAAAUGAGCAAGGGGUGGCGGCAGAGGAACUUUGUCAAGUUUAUGGCAUUCAUCAAAGAUGUAUUCUCCACGGAGGACAUUAUGUUGAAUGCCAUAGAUUGGGCUGGCGCAGGAGAGGUCACGGUGGUUGAUCUCGGUGGCUCAGCAGGACACGAUGACCAGAUUCUUGCACGAAGCUUUCCCAACCUGAAGAUUAUCGUUCAAGAUCUCCAUGAAGUUGCUCCCGUCUUUGAGAAAGAGUUUCCUAAGGACCUUCGGGAUCGUGUCUCUUUUCGGACACAUAAUUUUUUUGAGCCACAGCCAGUCAAGGCUGACAUAUACAUGGUCAAAUGGAUUCUACACGACUGGCCUGACGGAGAAUCUGUCAAGAUCCUCCGCUCUUUGGUUCCCGCACUACAUCCUGGUGCACGCAUCAUAUUUAUUGACUAUGUCGGAAAGCAAGCCCCAACAGAAGAACAAUUACCGAGGAGUAUUCAGGGUUUCGGGACAGCUACAGAUUUGAGGAUGAUGGCCUUGUUCAACGUAAAGGAAAGGCCGGUAGAGGCAUGGAAAGAGAUAUUCAAGGCAGCUGAUGAGCGUUACAAAGUAACGAGGGUCGAUGCUAAUCCACUGACCUUUAUAUGUGUACUUGAGGCUGUGUGGAUAGGCUUAGAAUAA